AGAGUGGUGCAAGACAUGUAUGAGAACAGUGAAACAGCAGUGAGGUGUGCAGUUGGAACGACUGAAUGGUUCAAAGUGAAGGUGGGACUUCAUCAAGGAUCUGCUUUGAGUCCUUUCUUGUUUGCCAUAGUGAUGGAUAGCUUGAUGGAUGAAGUGAGGCAAGAGUCACCAUGGAACAUGAUGUUUGCGGAUGAUAUUGUGAUAUGUGGUGAAAGUAGAAAGGAGGUUGAGCUGGGUUUGGAGAGAUGGAGGUAUGCAUUGGAACAAAGAGGAAUGAAGGUGAGCAGUAGCAAAACAGAAUACAUGUGCAUCAAUGAGAAUGGGGAUGAGAGUGUAGUGAAGAUGCAAGGAGUUGACAUAAAGAAAGUUGGUGAAUUCAAGUUCCUGGGGUCAACUGUGCAGGAAAAUGGGGGCUGUGAUAGUGAGGUGAGAAAGAGAGUGCAGGCAGGGUGGAGCAGUUGGAGAAGGAUUUUGGGAGUCAUUUGUGAUAGGAAAGUCCCAGCAAAAGUGAAAGGUAAGAUGUAUAAGACAGUAGUGAGACCAGCUGUGAUGUAUGGAUUGGAGACCGUACCCUUAACGAAGAGACAGGAGGCAAAGUUGGAGGUGGUGGAGUUGAGGAUGUUAAGGUUUGUGAUGGGAGUGACGAGGUUGGACAGGAUAAGGAACGAGCACAUCAGAGGGACAGUACAUGUGGAGAGCUUGGGAAUUAAGCUAAGAGAGAUGAGACUGAGAUGGUAUGGGCACAUCCUGAGAAGAGAUGCAGAGCAUGUGGGAAGGAGAAUAUUGAAG